AUGAAAGCAAGUUUCAUAAAGUCUUGGACAACACCACCAACACCUUCGACACCGAUGGACCCUUCUUCUCAAGUGCCAAGCUUAACCCCGUUUUUAAACUCUGUGUGUCCUGGGUACACUGGUUUAGAUGAUAAUGUCCAUUAUCCCUUGGACGACAUACCCCAUGAGUGUGGCGAACUUAUUUGGCCGAAAUCCACUACAAAUGCAACUAUCAAGUUGGACUACACUUAUUUGAAUGUUGCUAGACCUGGGCUAAACAAAAACGAGUCAACAACGUACGUUUCGUUGCCACUUCAUAUCACCAAUUUGUUUGACAAUCUAGUGAGCAAAAGCGACAAGACCCUGGAAGGGUAUAUGCACAUUGGGGCCAACGUGAAUGCAUUAGCCCACGAUCCAUUCAAGAUCAUCAACUUGAAUCCUGGAUGCAUAACUAGAAUUGUUGAUUGGAACCGCUCGAAGAACCCUUUUGCGGAUAACAAAACACUUUCAUUUAAUAAACUUGCAAGCAAUUUCAAUAAACUAUUUGUGAAAAACGAUUUGUUUGACGAUUUAGGAAAUAGCAACGUAAAGAUCUUGAACUCCAAACCAAUUACUGCAGCUAAGCUUCUUGUCUCAUCACAUGUGAACGUGUUGAACGUGUUUGCGUUGAACGAAAAAUCGGAAUAUUUGAAUACCGUAAAAAAAGAACGCACAACAGGUCCACCAGACACCGAAGAGCCUGUUCUUCGUCUUGAAUUCAAUUCCAUAAUUACCGCCUUAUCCACAUUUGUGCUUAACGAAGAUCCAGUGGCUAUCAUAGGAUUCCACUCAGGGGAGAUUAUGAUUUUGAAAUUGAAUGAACAAAAGUAUCAACUAUUUGAUGCGUUGAAAGUCCAGAAACUUUCGGAAGUGGAUGCAGUGACUUGCAUUGAAGCAAUUCGUCACCCAAACUACGAGUAUCUAGUUGUUGCUGGAUACUCAAAUGGGGAGGUGGUGAUACUAAACCCGUAUGGUGUCAAAGACAGUUAUUCAAAAUCGGUCGUCGACAAAGACGUCUCAACAACGUUUUUCAAAAAGUUUGAUUUGAGUCCGCUAGGCAAGGUCGAUAACUCGUUUGUUUUGGGUCACUUUAAAGUGAGCCACAAACCCAUUACUUCGCUAAGCUCAACCUUACCGAUAAAUAAACCGUUGCAACCAUCUGAAGCACAACCGUUGAUUCUCGCAAUUGCCGCUGACGAUGGGUAUGUCAGGUUUGUUGAUUUCAUUUUCACAUACAACUGCAACUAUGGCGAUAAACAACAGGUUAUUACUACCGAUAUAAUCUCCAACUAUUUCAACACAAGCAUAACUGAUAUUGAGUUUUCACCUGACUUUAAAUUCUUUAGUGUUGUUGGCAAGGGCGACUUGAUUGAAGUGUUCAAAAUGAGCUACUACAAUGUCAAUGGCUUGUUGCAUAAAAGUUCUGGACGUCGGUCGAGGAGCGGGACUGUCAACAGUGCUCAUUCCGGGUCUGAAACAAGACUGAAAGAAACAAAAGAAAUGUACCCUCCACUUAUCAAGGAUAUCCAAAUUGUUGGAAGAUUCAAAGGACAUACAAAUAUUGUGAAAUCCACCAAGUUUGUCAAAGACGAUUUUAGCACCCUGGUUUACAAGUUGGUCAGCUGUGGCUAUGACGGUAAAAUAAUCGUGUGGGAGUUUGACUACAAGGCGUUGCCAAAAAUCAAGAAAUCGCAUCUCAAACCCACACCAACAAGCCCAAGAGAGAGUCGUUCUAAAACAUCACACGAAAGAAAGCCGGUAUUGUUGAGCCCAAGUCCGUUGGCAAGACGUAAUCACCAUACAAGAAACAGAUCAAUCGAAGACAACCAGCUCCACACAACUAGCAUGAAUAUGCUCUUGCAAGAUACAAACACUACCAAAACUCCAUUAUCGAGCGACCAAAUCGAGGUGGCAGUCACACUUUACAAAUCGCUCUAUGAAAUCAGGUUAAAGAGACACUACAAGAAAAAGUCAACAAAUCAGAUUAUAAUCUGUCCUAUAGAGAACGACAAAUUAGUUCCCUCGAUCGAGGUUCCACUUUUAACUAUUGACUUAUCGAGAUUGAUAAAAGAUGGUAAAAUAGAUUCUUUUCAUCUAGACGAAUCCACACUUUGGUGCUUUGCCAAAAGCGGUGACCUAUUUAGAUAUAGUAUAUUAACUUAG